UGGAGGUUCCCAGUCCGGUAUCUUUGGCAUGGUCCUGCUUAUAUACACCAAGAGGUAUAAGUAUUUAGAAAACUCCCACCUCUAAUGACUCCUCAAUCCACUCUCUUCGUAUGGGAACAAUCGUUUCUCCACUCUUGAUAUUCCUUUUUAUAUGCCAAAGGUACUCUCUUAUUCUCCCAUCGCAACGAAAAUGACGGCCGACACUCUUAGCCUCCAGGGAAAAGUCGCCAUCGUCACCGGCUCCGGCCGCGAAAAUGGCAUCGGUGCAGGUAUAGCCCUCGCAUUCGCCCGUAAUGGUGCUUCCGUCGCCGUCAAUUAUGUCUCCGACUCUAGCAAGGAUCGCGCCGCCAACGUCUGCGAAAACUUACGGAAAGUCGGCGGGCAGGCUAUCGCCGUGCAAGCUGCCGUAGAUACAGUCGAGGGAGCCCGGGAUCUUGUCAACAAGACCCUUGAAGGUUUUAAGACGGACCACAUUGACAUCUUAGUCAACAACGCUGGCACCGCCUUCUUCUGCCCAAUCACCGACGAACCGGAUGUCGAACAAUUAGCCAAGGUCUUCCAGCUGAACGUUCUUGGUCCCUUCUAUAUGGUCAAUAGCGUUGUUCCGCACAUGCCCCCCGGCGGCCGCAUCAUCAACAUCAGCUCUACCAAUUCCAAGAGGGGCAACGUGAACAUUUCAACGUAUGCAGCGUCCAAGGCAGCUUUGGACAAUCUGACAUGGACUUGGGCCGAAGAGCUCGGCCGGAGCAAGGGCCUCACCGUCAACUCUGUAGCUCCUGGCCCGGUAUUGACAGACAUAUACCCAAAGGGACGUGAGGAAGAGCUCAUGGCCGCGGAGAUAGCCCUGACCAAGGCCGACAACCGUGCCGGAACCACUGCUGAUAUUGGCGAUGCCGUACUUCUCUUGGUCAACGAGAGAUCCAGAUGGAUCACGGGCCAGUACAUUGGUGUCAAUGGAGGAGUUACACACUAGAACAAUCACAAUGGUUGAAUUAGAGCCAACAAUGAACAUGAUUCUAU